AUGGUGAAGAAAAACAAAGGGACGCUGGCGGUGAUCGAGCAGAUCUACCAGGAUAUACCAGCCUUCUCCGACAUCUUCACCGAGGAGACCUUCUACAUGUUUGCCUUCUGUUUCGUGUGCGCCACCAUCCUGAUGGCGUUCAUCCUCUCCCGGUUCAUCACCAUUAAGCCUGUCGACUUCUGAGUCAAACGUUUUGUUUUGUCAAAUUCCUCCUUCGCACAUUUGGACGUACGUUUGGAAAUAAAUAAGCUUUAACAUGUAA